AUGUCUGAAGCUCGCCUUUUCACUGCUCGUCCAUUGUCAAAGCAGCAGGCACGGAAGGAUCUCAAAGAUGCAUUUCGUGUCUAUCUAUCUUCCUCGUCGCUAGCUGGUCUAAGGCUUCAAACAGAGAGCAUCUGCACACUGAAGCAAGGUGAUGGCCCACCACAGACUGCCAUAGCAUGGUACGCGUCAGAGAAUAUUCAGAGCACAGUUGUGCAAAUAUCAAGGACACUCCAGGAUUGCUAUGACAUCAAGAUCGGAGAGAAAGUUUCUAUCACUAGGGCUGAAGGCUCCCUAGAAAACAUCGAUCUAGUGACAUUAGCGGAUUGCUCAGACCCCGAGAAAAUUGCCAAACAUGGCAUAAUUUCAGAAAAUGAUAGAUCCCACUGGGAAUGGGCCCUGGAGGAAAAGCUUCUCCGAUGCGGGUGUUUGACGACAGGCUUGGCUUUUGAGCUGGAGCUCAAGAGCCAACUCAGGAGUUUUCGAGUGGUUAACAUACAUUCACAGAACCCCCAGUCUAGUCAUACACUUUUUCAAUUCACAGAGGAUUCGAAGGUUUCCCUUGGUCCAGUCACAGAAAGAAAAGAAGAAAAAUCAUCAGGUAUAGCGGUGCAGUCGACUGGCCUUGGAGGUCUCUCCCGCCAGCUUGACGACAUCAAUGAAAUCUUGUCUGAUUUUAACAUUGACCCGCGGAAGCCGGCGAUGCCAUCAUUCUACGAGAAAACCCGAGGGAUUUUACUCUAUGGGCCAAAAGGGACUGGCAAAACAAGUCUUCUAGGGCAGAUUGAGAAGGCUGGCUGGAAACAAACAUUCAAAAUCGACAUGUCAACAUUGGGCAGAAGUAUCAACGAGGGCGAGCUUAAGCUGCGCAAUAUCUUCCAGGAGGCAGCUCGCUCUAAUCCCAGUGUUAUCAUCAUCGACCAGUUGGAAUUUAUUGCCCCCAAGCGAACCUCAAUUGAGUCUCAGUCUCUUGCAUCUGUCCUUUGCGAGAAUCUAGAUGCUAUCCGAAAUACAUCGAUCCUCGUGGUGGCUGCAACGAGGAACCCUAAUCAAGUCGAUGACGCCCUCAGAACGCCCCACCGACUAGGGACAGAAAUUGAGAUACAAGUCCCUACCGCUCAGGACCGAGCUGAGAUACUCCAUGCCAUUCGCGGGCCAGUGUCUGCCGGUUUGACCGACGAGCUCGUAGAAAUACUAGCAGAAAAGACGCACGGAUACGUUGGAGCUGAUAUUUUCGCCCUUCUGCAAUUGAUCUGCCGCAAAGCCCGACGACGAGAACUGCUAGGGCAGAAUUCCACAGCCAUAUCGGCCACCCUGGCCGACCCAUAUAGCUGGCACCACGGAGGUUCCAUCGAUGAUGAAUCGGCCAUCCCAUUGGAGAUACAAGAGACAGACAUUCUGCUUUCCCUGCAGGAGAUUCGUCCCACGGCCAUGCGGGAAGUGUUCUUGGAAACCCCAAAGGUGAGAUGGUCAGACAUCGGUGGACAACAUGAUAUCAAAAGACGCCUCCAACAAGCUGUUGAGCGGCCCUUGAAGGGUGUUCUACUGUAUGGGCCACCAGGUUGUUCCAAAACAUUGACAGUCAAAGCCCUAGCCACAGAGGCGGGGUUGAACUUCCUGGCAGUCAAGGGUGCAGAGAUUCUCAGCAUGUACGUUGGAGAGUCUGAGCGAUCAUUGAGAGAGAUCUUCAGAAAGGCCCGGGCAGCACGACCAAGUAUCAUAUUCUUUGAUGAGAUUGAUGCCAUUGCUGCUCGACGCAGCACUAGCUCGGGGGGUGUCAAUCUUCUUACGACUUUGCUCAACGAAAUGGACGGUAUCGAGGAGCUUCGAAAUGUGUUGGUCAUUGCCGCAACCAACAAGCCCGAUGUUUUAGACCCAGCAUUGAUGCGACCCGGGCGAUUGGACAAUAUCCUUUAUAUCGGCCCUCCGGACUUUGAGGCGCGAAGGGAAAUCUUGCGCAUUUGGGCCAAAAAGUCUGUGCUGAACCCUGAAGUCGACUUGGAUAACCUGGCAGCUCUGACUGACGGCUAUUCUGGCGCUGAGAUUGUGAGCAUCUGUGAAACUGCUGGAGAUGCAGCACUUGAUGAGGAGGAGGAAACACAGCAGGAGCAAGAUGUGCAGUGGAAACACUUUGAAUAUGCGCUCGGACAAGUGCGGCGGCAAAUCACUGAUACUGUCAUCCAAGAGACCGAGCACGGUCGCGAUCUUUACGUCGUUCGAAACCCCGAAGCGAAAGCCCAUCCCAAAGUCUCACCCGAAGUCCAUCACAAGGACGACGCGAUCGCUAUCGUUCAAAAACUCGAUCCAGAUCCCCAUCUCGUGGCAGGACACGAUCUCGCAGUCGCAGUCGAGGUGGUCGCCGUUACAAUAGUCGGAGUGAAAGCCGAUCACUUACUCCCAAUCCCAGUCCUCCGAGAAGUUCCAAGGGGGACUGCGUAUAUUCUUUACUACGACCCCGCUGACGCAGAAGCAGCUAUUGCCCACAUGCAUGAAGCUCAGCUUGACGGGGCUAUCCUGAAUGUCUCAAUCGUUCUCCCUCGCCGCAAAUUCUCACGCUCGCCACCUCCUGCAUCAAUUCGAGGGAAUGGCAGUCGCCCUAGAUACGGCCGAGGACCGUAUGCAGGCCCGUCAUCCCCACCCAGGCGACUGUAUCAAGAUCACGAUCUCCUGUUCGUUCUCGGUCAUACUCCUCUAGAUCCCGGUCACCACCGCCACGCAGAGGUAGUCCUCGCUCAGACUCGCGGAAUCACCGACGCCGGAGCCCAAGCUACAGCAGCUACGGUUACAGCAGUCGAAGUCGCAGUCCAAACCGGGACCGAGGCCACAAUCGAAAUUAAACAUUGA